UGGUCUCUCCUGCAUAAUUAUUCUACAAAUCUUCCCUUUGAAUCUUAUUUGUUCUUCAUUUCUAUCUUCCAAAAUCAGGGUUUUUCUUUUAAUUUGUGUCUAUGAGAUUUUAAAUUCAACCCAACAGUUCUUCUUCAUCCUUCAAAUAUUCAUUUCUUCUACCUCUGUUAAAGACUGCUUCCGCUGUUUUGGUUCCCAAGAAAAAAAAAAUGCAAAAAACAGAUCAUGUUUGUGGAUUCAACGACGGUGCUAAUAUCGGGUCUUCGUUAUCACAGCUCAUAUUAUCAGGAGGCUCAAAUACCAUAGAUUCAAUCUUCUCUCGUUGCGCACCAUCAUCAACCAUGGCCGGCGUUUACGAACCAUUAGGCUCUUCAGUCUAUCACCGGCAAAGGGACCUCCUCGAAAAAUUCAGCCACGAGAAGAAAGAAAACGCUUCGUUUUCAUUCAAAUGUCUAAAGAAUCCGAUUCAAAACAGCCAAAACCAUGCAUCGACGUCGGCAGCGGCUAAAUACUUGAGCAGCCCACAAAAGAAGAACCUUUAUAGGGGAGUAAGACAAAGACGGUGGGGUAAAUGGGUAGCCGAGAUCAGACUUCCACAAAACAGAAAGCGUGUCUGGUUAGGCACUUACGAAACAGCUGAAACUGCCGCUUUGGCAUAUGAUCGAGCAGCUUAUAAACUUAGAGGGGACUACGCGAGGUUGAAUUUCCCAAAUUUGAAGGACCCAAGCAAGUUUGGGUUUGUAGAUUGUGCUCAGUUCAAUUCCUUGAAGAACAUGGUGGACGCUAAGAUUCAAGCCAUUUGUCAAAAGAUGAAAACAGAGAGAACUAAAAAGAAGGCCAAGAAGGGCAACUUUGAUUGUCCAGGAUGUUCAUCGUCUUCGUCGUUGUCGCCUAUGGUUGUUAGCGACGAUUUAAGCAAGGAGUUGAUGUCGCCGACGGUGUCUGGAGAUGGGUUUUUGAGAACUGAGAAUUCAUCGUCCUCCGUUUCGAAUGAUUAUCCGAUGAUGGUGGUGGCAGAGGAACUGCCGUUCGAGGACGAGUUGCUUGCGAGAAUGCCAUCUUUUGAUGCUGAAUUGUUAUGGGAUUGUCUUGCUAAAUAGAAUUACGUAGCUACCAUUUGCGUUUCUCAUAAUGAAAAGUUAUCUUUCUUUUUC